GAAACAGAGAGUUGAUCUGGAUAACAAUUUUUCUGAAGACUGCGAUGUUAAGUACGGAGUGCCUCAAGGGAGUUGUCUUGGCCUCAUACUUUUUCUGCUUUAUGUAUCCCAACUAUAUGACAUUAUUGACAGGCACUUACCCUCUUCUCAUGGAUAUGCUGAUGACACGCAACUUUAUGUAUCCUUUCGCCCAGAUUGUGAAGAUAAUUCAGAAAGUACCCUAGCCGCACUGGAAGAUUGUAUUUCUGAUGUUCGUACUUGGCUGUUGUCUCAUAAAUUAAUGUUCAAAGAUUCGAAAACGGAAUUUCUUGUAAUUGGUACACCACAACAACUUUUGAAAAUAAACAUUGAAUCCGUUAAC